GAAAAGGGUAUAAACCCUUUAUUUAUUUGCUUCUUCUCCUCUUCGUUCCGACUACAUUUUCUCAGUUCUCUAGUUCCGACAACAAUCUUCAGAGAGCCAUUGUUAUCUACUUAGUUCUAUUGUCUACUUCUUCUUCAGGAAAAAAAAUAGUCUUCGCUAUGACGAGCUCAAAAUUCUUGUUCACUAAUGGUGUUCUCUCCCAAUCCAGCGACAUUCCUUCGGUAUCAACCUUCCUGGAAACCCAUCCAGAAACUUUCUUCUUCCCAAGGUGCCUACACGACUACUCGUUCUCACAACAAUGGUGCCUGUGUAUUGUUCUGGGAAAGACAUUUAAGAAGGCUCUGCCAAUCUAUACAGAUACUUUGGAGUUCGCAUCCACAACUUUUGUUUGAGGCUAAAAGAUUUUCGAAAGAGUCUUUGCCUUAUUUGUCGACAAUCUCAGAGACAUGGGAAUCGGGGAUUCGAGGUCUCGUUAAUGAUUCCAUGAGAAAAGCAUUGCCGAUUGCGCUAAAGGAGGGGAGUGAGGGUGACGAACUUGCAAUUACGACUUUAGUCACUGCAAAUUUGGAUAAAUUGAUUGUGAGUGAGAGUGUGAGACGGGAAAGUUUGGUAAAUGUUUUUGACGUCCAUAUCUAUAUCGUAGAUUUUGUGCCUCCUAUGUUUGGGAUCCAAGAAAAUGGUGCUCAUUUGGCUGUGGUGGGUCCUGGGAGGGAAGCUGCAUCUGCAAAGCACUCUAAUUGGGUGAGGGUGAGAACGUCUUUGGAGAAGCUAAAACCUCCCUCGGCAACUGACCUUUUGUUGUCAAAUGACGGCAAUCGGCUUCUUGAAGGAAGUGUAACUAAUUUCUAUGUUGUCUGUCGCAAGGUGAAUGAUCAAGACGACAAAGAUGGAACCGAAGGAAGCGCGACUGACAAGAAAGAAAGUGGAGAUUGUUUUGAAGUUCAAACAGCACCUGUCAGCGAUGGUGUCCUUCCAGGAGUUAUUCGACAACUAGUCAUUGAGGUUUGCUUGACUAGAGGCAUCCCCUUUCGAGAAGUGGCACCAAUGUGGUCAGAGCAUGAGAUUUGGGAAGAGGCGUUCAUCACAAAUAGCUUGAGACUCCUCCAGCAUGUAGAGACAGUUUCUAUUCCAAAUUCAUGGGAUUCACUCCAUUUAAAAUCUUGGAAGGAGAUAUCAUGGAAUAAAAAACAAUUCGAGGGUGGUCCUGGAACUAUCACAAGAGCAAUCCAGAGUGAAAUAAUGGGGAGGGCAAAUCUUGAAGGGUACUCAUUUAGUGAUGAUGCAUGAAAAGUGAAAGGGCUGUUGUCUGUUGUAUUCUAUCCUGGAGCUGAGUUCUAACUGUAGUCCUGCCUCUCCCCAUAUAGUGAAAUCUUCCAUUUGAUCAUUUUGAAGCUUUUAUGAAUUUCACUUCGUCUCUUGGUGUGAAAAUUGUGUAUAAAGUAAAUCUGAAUGUAGAUCACACACGAUGAUGUAUCCAAUAAAAAAACAAGGGGAAAAAAAAGGUUUUGUGAAUGAACUAUUUUUUUUUAACUCACUUUGUUUUGUAAAAUAAGAAUGUACUGUUAUACAUUAUUGUAAUUAUGUUUUGUUUAUUUUUUAAAAUAAUAAAUUGAAAGCUCUGUGGAGUAACAUCUCUUCUA